UUUCCCCGGACUACAUUUCCCGGCAUGCCCCGCCCGGUGCUGUCACCUCUGGCCAGCUGCUGUCAGCAGUUCUGAGGCGGAGGGAAGCCGCACACUAGGGGGGAGGUCAUGUGACCCUGUGGUGUCCCUUCCCCCCUCCUCCUGUCAGGGCAAUUCAAUUAAAAGAAGAAGAAGAACAAGAAAUCAUGUGAGGGGAGAUCUGUCAGCCAUGUCCUCCUCCUCUUCUUCUUCCCCGGGGGGCUCCGGGCUCCUCCGAGGUACCAGGACCCGUUCCUAUGGAAGUCUGGUCCAAACCCAGUACUCCCCGGCCCGAGUCCAGAAGGUGGAGCACCUGGUGGAGCCGGGGGACACCCUACAGGGCCUGGCGCUGAGAUACGGGGUCACGAUGGAGCAGAUCAAGCGAGCCAAUCGCCUCUACACCAACGACUCCAUCUUCCUGAAGAAGCACCUCAGUAUCCCCGUCCUGACCGAGCAGCCGGAGCUGUCCAAUGGGGCCGGCGUUCAGGAGGACGCGGAGGAGGAGCCUGUGAUGGGGGGCCGGCCGGAGAAGAAGGAGGAGAAGAGCCGGCCUCACCGCAGCUCCUCCCAUGCAGAGCGCAGGGACGAGGUGUCGGCCAGCGACUUCAUGAGCAAGCUGGACACCAGGAUCCGGGUGUCCAAGAGGGCCGCCGUGAAGAAGAUCCGGGAGGGGGAGAGCGUGGCUCCCGAGGAAGACGCAGCGCCCGGCGGCGGCGGCUACCAAAGUCCCGGUCUCGGCAGGUCUCGGGAGGGCUCCCCACAGACUCAGCAACGCUCAUUACUCGGACCGGUCCCCUUAACAGUGACUACCCGCACCUCCACCCUCCGAGAUCGCGAGGAUGAAAUCUUUAAGUUAUGACCUUCGUUUUCCUCCUUUUUAUCGUUUUUCCUAUUUUUAAUGUUGUUUUUGUUUCGUUUUUUUCAUAUCGGACGUACAUUUUUUCUAUGCGAUUUUUAAAGUGUACCUGUUGUAAUGUAGUGAUGCACUGAACCCCCCCC